UUGCUAAAAUAAACAAUUCAAAAACGUCGACACGCGGGUUCAAAAAUUGAAUGUCGCUAUUACAGCUACUUUAUUGCCAGAUAAAAAGUAAAUAGUGCUUAUAUUUCGAACUUUCUUAUCGAGAAAAUGUCUAGCUGGAAAAAAGCUGCUAAAUCAAACCAGAAAGUGCAUCGAGAGAGGGCCCAACCAUCUGCCAGAUCGCACCUGGGUAUUUUAGAAAAGAAAAAAGACUACAAACGGAGAGCCGACGAUCAGCACGAAAAAGAUGAUACACUGAAACUUCUACGUAAACGGGCGCUUACCCGUAAUCCCGAUGAGUUCUACCACCAUAUGAUCAACUCUAGAACCCAAAAAGGAGAACAUCAUGAGCUAGAUAAGGAAGACGAACAUUCGCCCGCACAGCUCCGACUCAUGGAAACUCAGGAUUUACGCUAUGUCAAUAUGAAGCGAACCAUGGAGACAAAUAAGAUAGCUCGUUUACAAAGUCGGUUACACAUGACGGAGGUAGCAGACCUCGUUCCCAAUAAGCACAUUUUUUUCGUCGAUAACGAACAGGAUGCCAAAAGCUUGAAUGUUGCGGAGAGACUUCAAACGCAUCCUAGUUUACUGGGGCGUAAAACAAAUCGGCCAAGAUUAGACCAGCUAGAGAAGUUAGCUUUAGAUGUGCAGGACGAUAAGGUGAUUCUUGCAAUAAAUGAAGAACGAGAAAAAUCUUACAAGGAGUUGCAACGUCGCGUCGAGCGUGAGAAAGAGCUUACUAUAAUUCAGCAUAAGUUGGAACUGAAACGAGCGAUACAGGAAAAACGCCAUCGGAAACCGAAACGUGUUGCUAAAGGAACAAAAGAUCGUGCGCCAAUAUAUAAGUUCAAAUACGAAAGAAAAAGAUAGAAGUGUAUGAUAUAACUUGUUUAAUAUACUGAAUAUUAUUUUGCAUAAAAUAUAAUAAAAAUCAACUUGAGUAA